GCAGUCGGUAGGAUCGAGAUUCCACCAUUAUUCGGAUCACGGAAGUAAGGAGAAGAAACUCAUAAAUUGGGCACUCUAAUGCAAUUUUGUUAUGCGAUUGACCCUAACGAAAUUACAACCUUCCUUCGCUAAAAUUUCAUGUCCAUCUUGCCCUCUCAAAAUCUUGGUUCAUCGUCAUCUUCAUCUAAUCUUCACGCUCAAAACCCUAAUCCCAAUCAUGGAUUCAAUCUCCCACAACCCGACUCUCCUUCCCAACCAACUCACACCCUUCAAUCACUCCGAAUCUCCGGUCCUGUCGAUAUGCCUGAUAAACUCACAGCAGAACCGACUGCUCCAACACCGAAAACUUCUGGUGGAUCUUCCAAAAAGGUGAAAGAAGACCACAAAGUAAAUGGCAAAAAGAUCCUGGACCACCAAAAAUCUGGCCAAUCUAGUGUUGGGUCUUCUCAACACAAAGGCUCCCCUGGAAGCCAGCAGAGAUCUCGUUAUAAUCAUCAAGGGGGCACUCAGACAUCAUCAGGGAGAAAAACACAGGCAGUUAAUGGUAAUCAUUUGCUGAAUUUUCACUAUGAUCCCAUUACUCGUCCACAAGCAAGGGCUAAUCCUCCAAGAAAAUUACCAAAGAGAAAGCCUUACAACAAAGACUUAUUUCUCCAAGCAAAUUAUAAGUUUGUCUUGUUGGAUUCUGGCAAUCAUGCUCCUGAGUCAAUGGAUCCAGAUAAGAUGUUGCAGUGGGAAGAUAUCAUAUGUGUAAAGUACUUCACUCCUCAUCCCACAAACUGUCCAAUAUGUUUGGAAGAACUUUUGUGUCCUCAGAUGACAUCAUGUGGCCAUAUCUUCUGUUUCCCGUGUAUAUUAAGAUACUUUUUGAUGGGAGAAGAUGAUCAUAAACGUGAGUCUUGGAAGAAGUGUCCCUUAUGUUUCAUGAUGAUAUCUUCAAAAGACUUGUACACCAUCUACAUUGAGAAUGUCAAGCAGCAUUGUGUUGGUGAUACCAUUGAAUUUAUGCUUUUAACCCGCGAUAAAGAUUCUUUAACACUAAAUGCAAAACAGAAAGGAGGGGUCAAUUCAUAUGACUCCUUUUCAAAGUUCACUUUUACAGUAGAUGUUGAACUUUCAGUUAGGAAAGCAAUGUCAGAGCUUGAUAGUUGGCUUGCUAGAGCAGAAUCAGGGCUUGUUGAUGACCUGGAAAAGCUUCCAUAUGUUUGUGCUGCAAUGGAACAAUUGGAAGAAAGAAAGAAAUAUUGGAAGGAACAUAGGGAUCUUGAUGGGGUCAACUCUUGUAAUAAUGAAUCUUUUCACUCGGGUUCUCCACCAAGUUUGAAUUUUGGUGUGGGUGUUAAUGGUUCAGUUAUGUCUGAAGAACUUUCUGUUAGUAGGUUGAAGUUGGUUAAUGUUAAUGAACCUAUAUUGAAUCAAACUGCUGAUGUGGAUGAACCAUAUGAUGGUCAAGAUGAAGCUUUAUCUUCUUCCUAUGAGGAUAGCAAGGGUAUACAAUUGCCUUCUUAUGGUUUUGCAGAUAAGAAGAUCAAGGGAUCAUAUGAUUUCUAUCAGGCGGCUGAUGGUCAACACCUUAUACUCCAUCCUUUAAACAUGAAGUGUCUUCUUCAUCAUUAUGGAACAUAUGAUAAUCUUCCUCAAAGGAUUAGUGGUAAGAUAUUGCAAUUGGAGAGUGUUACACAGUCAGAAGCCAUGAGGAGGCGGUAUCGCUACUUGAGCCAUUUUUCUUUAACAACCACGUUUCAGCUGUGUGAAAUUGAUCUCACUGGGAUUUUGCCUCCGAGUUCUCUUUCUCCAUUUGAGGAUGAACUGAAAAAUAGGGAAAAGCAGAGGAAGCGCGUUGCCAGAAAGGAGGAAGAGGAGAAAAUGAAGGCGGAAGCUGCAGCAACAGCUACACAUUAUGUGGCCAUUCCUUUUGAUGCACACUCUUGCUUUGAUCAUUCUCCUGCGUUCUCUUUGGAUGACUUUGAAGCUCUGGGAAGCUCUUCUGUAAGUGUAACACCAACACCAUCAUCAAGUAGUCCUCCAGCUGCAGUGGAUAGGGAUAGGCCCCUGUUUUCAAAUGUUGCUAGGCUUGGUUUUGCAGCAGCACAUGAUUCUCCUAAUCUUCUAAGAACAGCAGAGGAAACUGCUUCUUCAACUGGCUUGCCAAUAGGAGGUGCAUCAUCUUUUGCAAAUGUUAUAUCAAGGGCAAAACCAGUUGAAAGCAACAAGGGAAAUGAGAUGGGGAAGAAAGGAAAGAAGGCAAGUAGAGUCCUGUUAUCAACUUCGGGUGCUCGUCGUUAUUAAAUAUAAUAUUGAUCGCAUGUUGGAAUUUUAGGGAAUUCAAUAUCCUACUCUAAAAAAAUUAAAAGAAAAAGGCAAUUAAUUGAGAUUUUGUUACGCGGUUUGGUGUCAUGGGUAUUGUUGCAAAAAUGAAACAAUCUACGUUUGUUUUGUUGUAGUAAACUAUGCUAUAUGCUAUUCUAUCAAUCUUGUAAGUU